CCCCAAAACCUCCCUCUCUAAAAGUUCCCUUUCAGCCCACUUUCAUUUCUCUUAAGAGGAUUAAAAAAAUUGAUUAAAAGAUUUGCCCGAGGAAGAAACAUACUUUUUAAAAUGGAGACUUUGAGGUACCAAAGAACUAAAUAGGGCGUCUGUGCUGUAACGAAAGUGCAGCUGAGGUUAGGCAGCUACAUUUUCCCCACAACGCUCUGUCUCCCCACCGCCUUCACCGAAGCGGAUGAAAACAAACACUAAGGAUGGCUGCGUCGGGCAGCAACUGGCUGCUGGGUUAGGGCAGGAGAAAUCCCUUGAUGCGUGAAGGGAGCCCUGAAGAAGACCACUCGACGUGAGUGCGGCAACUUGCCCAGGUUGGGGAGCCGGGAGCCUCUUGAAGCGUGACGUGUCUGUCUCCCUGCGAUCUCUGCUGUCACUGCCGCCUCGGAGCGCGGAACCCCAGCCAGCAGGCGCGGUUGGCCCGCCCCAGGCCCCGGCCUCCGUAAUGCGAGCCCGGAGCCACUCUCUGUGCCGUAGCUUCCUAGGUGAGGGUGACUGUUGACUAGUGAAAAAAGGGACCCAAGGUUCACGACUAUCUUCUUACUGGCAGUGGGACGACCUGUGGAAACCUGCGAUCCAUUCUCAUUAAAUAAAUCUCAGGGUUCCUAUAGGCAAUGGAAACUGAUCUCAAUUCCCAGGACAGAAAGGACCUGGACAAAUUCAUUAAAUUUUUUGCCCUCAAGACUGUCCAAGUGAUUGUCCAGGCUCGACUUGGCGAAAAGAUUUGCACUCGUUCAUCUUCUUCCCCAACGGGUUCAGAUUGGUUUAAUUUAGCAAUCAAAGACAUCCCAGAGGUUACACAUGAAGCAAAGAAGGCCUUAUCAGGGCAGCUGCCUGCUGUGGGGCGCUCCAUGUGUGUGGAGAUCUCACUCAAGACUUCUGAGGGAGAUUCCAUGGAGCUAGAAAUUUGGUGUCUUGAAAUGAAUGAAAAGUGUGAUAAAGAAAUCAAAGUAUCCUACACUGUAUACAACAGACUGUCACUGCUGCUGAAGUCUCUUCUUGCUAUAACAAGGGUGACUCCAGCCUAUAGACUCUCCAGAAAACAAGGGCAUGAAUACGUAAUAUUGUACAGGAUUUAUUUUGGGGAAGUUCAACUGAAUGGCUUAGGAGAAGGCUUCCAGACAGUUCGUGUUGGAACAGUGGCCACCCCUGUUGGCACCAUCACUCUUUCUUGUGCUUAUAGAAUUAACUUGGCAUUCAUGUCCACCAGGCAAUUUGAGAGGACCCCACCUAUCAUGGGGAUUAUCAUUGAUCACUUUGUCGACCGUCCCUAUCCCAGCUCCUCUCCCAUGCACCCCUGCAGUUACAGAACUGGUGAGGAUGCUGGAGUAACAUACCCAUCAGUGGAAGAUUCUCAAGAAGUGUGUACCACCUCUUUCUCCACCUCUCCUCCCUCCCAGUGUGUGUUUACUGUCACAAAGGCACAUUUUCAGACCCCUACUCCUGUGGUGACGGACACUCUGAGGGUCCCCAUGGCAGGACUGGCCUUUUCCCAUCAACUCUCAAGCUCUCGCCUUUCCUGUCAGCCUGCUGGCCUGGGCCUUGGAUCAGCUGACUUGGCUUACCCAGUAGUGUUUACUGCUGGCUUAAAUGCUACACACCCUCACCAGCUGAUGGUUCCUGGGAAGGAAGGUGGGACACCCCUUGCUCCCAACCAACCUGCCCACGGUGCCCAGGCUGACCAGGAGAGACUGGCAACCCACACCCCUUCUGAUGGGACCCACUGUGCCGUCACACCCUCCAGCAGUGAGGAUACUGAGACUGUAUCCAACAGCAGCGAGGGACGGGCCUCACCCCAUGAUGUCUUGGAGACUAUCUUUGUCCGAAAAGUGGGAGCAUUUGUCAAUAAGCCCGUCAACCAGGUGACCCUGACAAGUUUAGACAUACCCUUUGCCAUGUUUGCACCCAAGAAUUUGGAGCUGGAGGAUGCCGAUCCUAUGGUGAAUCCCCCAGACUCUCCAGAGACCACAUCUCCUCUCCAUGGCAGCCUGCACUCAGAUGGCUCCAGCGGGGGCAGCAGUGGCAACACCCAUGAUGACUUUGUCAUGAUUGACUUUAAGCCAGCUUUUUCUAAAGAUGACAUUCUUCCGAUGGACUUGGGGACCUUUUACCGUGAAUUUCAGAAUCCUCCUCAGCUGAGCAGCCUCUCCAUAGAUAUUGGAGCUCAGUCCAUGGCUGAAGACUUGGACUCGUUACCUGAGAAGCUGGCUGUGCAUGAGAAGAACGUCCGAGAAUUCGAUGCCUUUGUUGAAACCCUGCAGUAAAAAUGUCCUCAGUACCAGCAGCAAACCUUUUUUGUGGUCCCAGCAGAUAGCCUCCAACUCCUCAGCUGCACCAUUCUUCAUGCUGCUUCUCGCCAAGUGGAGGGCAGGGCAGGGCAGUCCCCACAGGGACCUAAGAAGUCUCUGCUCCUGGACCUCCUGGAGACUCUGGCAGCAGUCAGGCCCAGUGCCUGCCUUUGGGAGGACUCAUGCUCUGGCCAUGGAGACGGAAGCUGGCUCUAAGAAAAGCCUCAGCAGGGCCAUCUGUGUUUCCACCCAUCCUCAGCUGCCUCACAAAGGGUGUCAUCCAGUUCCUUCUGCUGUUGGCCUCCUGUCUGGUCUACCCUGCAGCUGGCCCCUGACUGCUUGUCCUUCCCAUCAACCAUCUGCCAUUCCAGCUGGUGGUCAGGAUGCUGGGCAAGUCAGAAAAAGGAGACCAUGCUGAGAGGAGGAGGGCUGUGUUCCUGAGCCACUCCCUUCCUUCCCUCUUCUUCCUUCUCCUAUUUCCUCUCCCUCCUUUCCUCCCUCCUUCCCUCCUAUCCUUCCAUUGCUUCCCCUUUUCUCUCUUCUCACCCUCUCCCUCAUGCCCUCCAGGGCCUAUACUUUUGGCAGUAGAACAGGCCCACUCGCCUAAAAUGACAAGGGCUCUGAAGCCAGCCACCAUCUCCAGAGGUUGUGCCAGCAUCUCUAAGAUUAUUAGUGAGAGUCACAGAAAGCUUCUCCCCCUCUCACCUUCCCAAAUUACUGCUGCUUGGAUAUAAGAUAUAGUAACUAUUUAUUACUGUCAGAGAGAUCAGAUAUUUUAUAGAGAAAAUAUGUUGAGGUUAGCCGUUUCACUGGGCAGGGCCUCUUCUGGGAUGGAAGCCUCCUGUGGAGGUUGUUCUCAGAAUCCGUGCUACUGCUCUGAGGAUCUUCCCAUUGCAUCAAAGGAGAAAUCAAGAAUGGGGCUGGCGAGGCAAAAUAGCCCCCUGGAGCUGUGUGUAGAACUAUACUGACAUCAGGCUUCCCCUUGCACACUUGCCAGCUCCUGCUGAAUGUCUUCCCUUGACACAGCCUCUGCAGAGUGACUGUCUCCAUUCUGGCAGCCCAGGAAGUCUCAGGUGUGUUAAAUGUGAUGACUCUUCAGAGUUGGGCCACAUGGAUUAUCCAUGGGAGACCAUGUGUGCCCUGCUGCUCGAGUGCUUAUUCCUGAGCCUUGCACUGGACUGGGAGCUUUUCCUCUCUCCCUCUAAAUCCAGGGUCUGUACAUGGCCCUGGGUUUCUAAGGUGGAUUGGUUCCCUAUUGAGAAACCAAAGCUGAGCUUGUGGUGACUUAACCCUUCAGGUAUUGUUGCUUGAGUAAGUCAAGUGCCUCGCCAUCUGUCCUCUCCCAGCUGGACCACUGGCCUGGCCAAGAAGAGCCAGCCUGCCCUGUUCCUCUGGGCACCCUGGGUCCUCACUGAUAGCAGCUGUUAUCUCAGAGCAGGUGGCUUUCAAUUGCUUGUUAGAAAACUGCAUGUAACACUUCCCACCUAUGAGGCUGACCUCUGAGACACCCUUCCAACCUUUGUCAAUGUACUUUGGAAAUAAGAGCUACACUUCAAAAUGUAUUCAAGAGAUUUCCAAUAAAUUUUUUUCUGUA